AUGGCUUCCCAAGAGGAAAAGCAAGCUCAGCCCUUUGCAGACUUCUUUGAUGAAGAUGAAGCUGAAAAAUCCUUUCUACUGUCCAAGCCCACUUGCUUCAUUAUCCUUGGAAAGCCAGGUUCUGGAAAGAAAACAUUAGCAAGAAAACUAGCACAAAUAUGGAAAUGCGUUUUCAUAGAAGCUUUGGAAGUUAUUCAAAUGAAUAUUCGUGAAGAAACAGAAUAUGGGCUUCAGUGUCAAGAGUUGCUUUUUAAAGGUCAAAGUAUUUCUGAAGAACUGGUUACAGAAAUGAUUCUGAAAAAGAUUGAGUCACCAGAAGUUGCUCAUUUUGGUUAUGUUCUCAGUGGAUUUCCUUCUCUCUCAGAGGAAUACAUGACUAUUUCACAGCAAAUAGAAAAAAUAAAGAAUCUAAAAUUAAAACCAGAUUUCCUGAUUAACAUUAAGUGUCCAGAUUAUGACUUAUGCCAAAGAAUAACAGGACAAAGACAACACCCUAUUUCAGGGCAGGUAUAUCAGAGGAACCAGUGGGAUCCUAAUGUUAUUAAAAAGCAUGAGAAAGAUGAAGAAGAGAAUGCAGAAGAGAAUGAAGAAGAAGAAGAAAAGCUAGAAGAAGAAGAAGAGGAGGAGGAGGUAAAUAUUGAAGAUCCACUUAUGAUGUCAGAAUUUUUGCAUCAGUUAGUGCAGAGGCCUGAAGAUAUUCUUGAAAAUGCAGAGGAAAGAAUUGGAAUGUAUAAGGAUAUAAUGCUUCAUCCUUUAGAAGACUUGAUGGCUGAACAGGUUUGUCACCAUCUCAUUGAACUGGAUGGAAAUCAGCAACCGGAUGAUCUCUUUCUAUCAGUGGCAGUUCAGCUUCAGUCGCUGGGUGUUCAAAAUGGAGCUCCUAUAAUUAGACUUCCAAAUCCAGAAGAAGAAAUGCUGGAGGGACUGGAAAGUGAUGAACUUCUCCGUGUUCUGUCAUCUUACAACUUAAUAGCACCCAGAUAUCGAUGGCGUAGAAGUAGAUGGGGGCAAGCAUGUCCCGUGGCUCUAAAGGAAGGUGAUAUCGUAAUGGGAAACCGAGAAUUGGCUGUCAGUUUUCUAGGUAAAAUGUACAUGCUGUCAUCCCCAGAGGCAUUGAAAACAUUUAUGUUGAAUCCACGGCCUUACCUGUUGCCACCAAUGCCACUUCCUCCUUGUAAAGUGCUAGUAUUUGGUCCUCCAUUCUCUGGAAGAACAACAAUUUGUAACCUAAUUGCACACAAAUAUAAAGGAAAGGUUCUUGAUAUGGCCAAACUCAUUCAAGCACAUGUGGAAGAAUCAAAAGAAGAAAACAUUGAGCAAGUGCGAAGGGAUGCAGUAGAAAAGGCUAUAACAGCAGUGAAAAAUAGAUUGGAAUUAGCAAAACAGUCAAGAGAAUCAGGAGACUUACAAGAACAGAGUAGGGUCAAGGAAAUAGAUGAUUCUGAAGAACCCGCUGAAACCAGAGAGGGAAUGAACUUGGAAGAGGGGACUACUGUAAAACCUGACAUCAUCCAAAAAGGAAUGUCAGAGAUAACUGCAGACCACCCAGAAGUUCAAGCGAUGAUAGAAGAAGCUGUAAAAAGUGCGUCAGCCUCUGAAGUUACAUUGUCACCUGAAAUAUAUGCUGAAGUACUGGAGAGAGCUAUUGCAGAG